CGCACAGUCGAGGCGCGCCCCAGGCGGCCGUUGAAAAUGGCGACUAUCACCGAGCUGAAAGCUGUUUUAAAGGACACCUUGGAAAAAAGGGGAGUAUUAGGGCAUUUAAAAGCGAGGAUUCGAGCUGAAGUUUUCAGAGCCCUAGAUGAUGAAAGUGAACCACGACCGCCAUUGUCUCACGAAAACUUUCUUAUUAAUGAAUUAAUUCGGGAGUAUUUGGAAUUCAACAAAUAUAAGUACACAGCAUCUGUCCUCAUAUCAGAAUCUGGUCAACCUGUAGCUCCAUUGGACAGACAAUUUCUCAUCCGUGAACUAAAUGCAUUUGAAGAAACAAAGGAUAAUACAAUACCUCUUUUAUAUGGGAUUUUAGCUUAUUUCUUGCAUGGAACUAACGAUGGCAUCCAAAAUACAUUUCUGAAAGGAUCUUCACGUCAGCCUCCGAACUCAGAUGUGGGUGGACAACCUAGUGGAAGCAAGGAAAUGGAUGACCACCCAAGAAAGGAGAAGGGGAAAAAUACUAAUAGUAAAGAUCUUCAUAUUUCUCAAGCUGUGAAGAGAUGACAUUUCCACUUGGGGCGUCUUUUAUCUUAAAAUUGUAUGUACUGUAUUAAAUAACUUAUAUAUAUGUUCCCAAUGUUACCGGAAUGCAUCACCAAUAUUUGUACUUUGUAGAAAUAUGAGUUUCUGCAAAACAUUUAGUCCCUCAUGUUUUACUGCAUUUGUGAAUAAAAGCUAACUCUCACCUAGCUCAUUGGAUUUGACUUGAAAGAAAAUACUGUUUGUAGGAAGUAUUUUAAAGGUCCUUAAACUUGUGAGAAAUGGAAGGGUUUUCAGUACCCUGUACAUUAAAAAAAAAAAAAAUCAGGUCUUCAUAGCCAUAUGCUCUGCUCUUUAAUAUGGUAGAGUAAUUAAUUUUCUUCAGACUGGAAUUAGGUGGGUUUGUAGGAAAAUUCAUUCUUGUUUUUAAAUGAUAUAAAAGAACACCAAAUUCAGAAAAAAAUGUAAUUUCUAUAAAGUUUGAUUUUUUUUUUGAUUAGCUGUUUUUCAGAUAACCAUUUAUAAUUAGAUUUAAAUAUCUGAAUUACUAUCUGAAGUUGCACUUUUAAACGAGGCAACAAUAUACUUUUUCUUUCCUUAGACCAUUUUGGCUUCUACUGGAAGAUUUAAUUAAAAGGUAGAAGGGGAACCAAUGCUUUUAAUUUUGCUGUACAUGAAACAAAGAGUUUAUUUUAUUACAUGAAGAAUGUGGAAUCAGCAUGAAGAGACAGGCUUUAGGAGAAAUACCAGAAAGUACCUUUUAAAAGAUGGCAUUGUUUAACUUCUACAUGCCCUUCGCUUGUUCUGUUACAGGAUGGGCUGUGAAAGGACCGAUCCCUACUUAUAUGGGCUCAGACAGUCUUAUUAAAUGGCAAUUUUUAUUCUUGGGAUGGAAACACAGUAAGAGCUCUUCUAGUGCUCUCUCUAAAAACAUGCUACUUUGAUAUUUAUUAAGACGUUUUUAUAAUGUGGAGUCUACAAACUGAUUUGGCAGAAAACUGACCACUACAGUGGACAGUGAUUGGGAAAAAUCAUAAGGUAUAUUCAGAACAAAACUGCCUGGGCGCCUGUUUUCCACAGGGAAAGGGAUGAGGCUGUAAUUGGCAAAAUUAGCAUUCUCUUUAGGGUACUGAUUCUGUGCUACCUUUGGAAAUUAUUGAAACUUUUGAUUUUGUAUUUGAUGCUAGCCAGUGUUGCGUCUAUACAGAUUAACCAAGAAUUUUUAUUUGAAUACAGAAAGUUAUUAAAGAAAUCCCUUUAAACCAUACUUUAUAAGUAAAAGGCUUUUGAGAGGCUAAAAGGACAUAUUAUUAAUAUAUAGAUGCAGAAGUUUUUAUAAGGGCUCAUUUUCAUUUUUUUAAAAAUGAAAUCUGUAGUAUCCGAUUAUAAUAAUGAAUUCUAUUGUAUGUGGGAAUAUAAAUAUCUAAAUUCUUCUCAGAGGACUUGGUUUAUGUCCAGAGAUGUUGGCAGUGGACGCUAAGUUUACCUCAGGAAUUGCAAUCAUGCAGAACUAGAUUAAGAAAAAAAUCCUGGAGUUGAGCAUUUUGUACACUAAUAUAAAAUUAUCAAAAUAGAAGUGAAACAGCAUUGUCCCAUGUCCACAGUGCUUUUGUAUGCGUUAUUCUGGAACUUGUUUGUACCUGGGCAACUUUUAUACUUUUGAUGUAUAUUUAAUAAAAAAACAAAAACAAAAAGAAACAUUAA